UUUAAACAAAAUAUUUAAAAGUGUAAACAAAUAUACAUAUUUAUUUUUUUUUUAUGUUUGAUGCUACAAUUAAUAUAUAUUCAUACUUAAACGACUUUAAAACAUUAAAUUGGUAACUCAUGAAUUAUGUUCUUAUACUUAAGUAAAAAAAUUGCUAUACCAAAUAACAUUAAAAUAAAUUGUCUGGAAUGGAAUUCAAGUCAAGAUUGCAUUGCUGUUGGUGGUGAUGAUGGGCUGCUCAAAGUUUUAAAAAUUGAUUCUAGCAAUUCUGGAGAUAGUAAACUGAAAGGUCUAGCUGGGCAAGCUAAUUUAUCUAUAAAUAAAACACUCGAAGGCCAUACUGGUAAUGUGGUUGUUAUUGUUUGGAAUGAAAAGUAUAAUAAAUUAACCUCAAGUGACGAAAAUGGACUUAUCAUUGUUUGGACACUGUAUAAAGGAACAUGGCAAGAAGAAAUGAUUAAUAAUCGAAAUAAGUCUAUUGUAAAGGGUAUGGCUUGGAAUGGAGAUGGAGAAAAAAUUUGUAUAGUUUAUGAAGAUGGAGCUAUUAUUGUUGGAUCAGUAGAAGGAAGCCGUAUAUGGGGUAAAGAAUUAAAAAAAAUAAUACUAAGUGGUGUUCAAUGGUCUCCAAACUCUAAAUUUCUUAUUUUUACUACAAAAACUGGAGAAAUCCAUUUGUAUGACAGUGAUGGAAAUUUUGUAUCUAAAAUAGGAAUAACUUGUCUACCAUCAUCACUCAAUAGCAUACCUAUUUCUGGAUGUCACUGGCUAAAUAAAAAUAUAGAUGAUUGUCCACAAUUAGCUAUUGCAUUUAAAACUGGACAUGUACAAUUAAUGAAAGAUCAAUAUGACACAAAUCCAGUUGUAUUUGAAUGUAAUAUGUCUAUUGUGUCUAUUAAAUGGAAUCAUAAUGGUUCAGUUUUAGCAUUAGUUGGGUCAUUAAUGGUUGAAGGAGAAGUUAAAGAAUCUAAUGUUCUUCAACUGUAUUCACCAUUUGGUGAGCAUUUAAGAACAUUAAGAAUUCCUGGAUUUAUGGUAUCUGCAUGUUGCUGGGAAAGUACUUCAUUACGUAUUACAUUGGCUAUAGAUAGCUUUGUUUAUUUUGCUAAUGUAAGAUAUGAUUACCCUUGGUGUUAUUUUGCAAAUACUAUAAUAUACGCCUAUAAAAAUUAUGAAGAGUCUGUUACAGAAAUUACUUUUUGGAAUAUAAAGAAAAAUGAAUUUUAUCAUUCAAAAGUGAAUUCUCUUGUUGGUAUAGAUGCUUACAGAGAUCAUUGUGUACUUGCAGUACAAAAUAAGAAUGACGAAACUACACCAUAUAGUUUAAUUAUUUGUAAUAAUAUUAAUACAACAGUUGAUUCUAAACAUAUACAUUUUAAGCCAAUAUUUAUAGCAAUGAAUGGAACUCAUGUAGUGGCUGCAUCACACACAAGUUUUAUUACAUGGCAGUAUAAUAUUCCUAAAUCUCACUCAUCAUCAAUUAUCAAUACAAAACGUAAAAAAAUAAAAAUAUUUCAUAUUGAUGAUACACCCUCUGGUAUUGAUGAACUUACACAAGAGUCUUCAGAUCUCAAAAGUUCUGCUUUUCAACUUGGGACUAAAGAUCAUAUAACCUGCAUGACCGUUAGUGAUAGCAUACUAUUGAUUGGUAGAGAAAGUGGAGCCUUACAAAAAUACUCAUUUCCACACAUUACUCUAACAGAAAGACGAAUUUUAUCUUCAAAACCCUAUAAACUUGCUUUAAAUUCCAACUCAAAACGGUUGGCUAUCAUUGAUUCUAUUGGAGUAUUAUCACUCAUUGAACUAUCAAUAGACAGCAUUCUGUCUGGUCCAGAACCUUCCCCUUUAUUUCAAAGGCGGGAUGUUUGGACUAUGAAAUGGGCUUCAGAUGACCCAGAAUUAUUGGCUAUUAUGGAAAAAACUAGAAUGUAUGUAAUAAGAGGAUUGAAUCCCGAAGAACCAAUUAGUACAUCUGCAUACAUAGCUUCCUUUGAAGAUUUGGAAAUACAAACAGUAAUGUUAGACGAAAUAAUUUUAUCUCCUGAAAAUCCAACUUUAGAUUAUAUUGUAAUGUUGGAAACAAAAUCAUUGAGAGACACUAGACAAUUAUUGGAAAAAGUUAGCAUUUCAGACACCAUGAAAUUUAUCAAUGAUAACCCACAUCCAAGAUUAUCACGAUUGUUAGCUGAAGCUGCAUUACAAAAUCUAGAUCUUGUGACAAGUGAAACCGCAUUUGUGCAAUGUCUAGAUUAUUAUGGUAUCAGGUUAGUGAAACAAUUGGCAAAUAUUCAGGAUAUAGUAAUACAGAAAGCUGAAAUUGCCAUAUAUUUUGGAGAUUUUGAAAAAGCUGAAAAACUGUAUAUUGAAGCUGAUAGAAAAGAUUUAGCAGUCCUGAUGUAUCAAAAGUUAGGUAAUUGGUUCAAAGUAGCCGAGUUACUUAAAUCUAGCUCCUUAUUAUCUGGUGUUCCUAGUACAACAUUAAAUUUAGCCUGGCAAGGAAUAGGAGAUCACUUUUUUGACAAUCAACAAUGGGAAUUAGCUGUUGAAUAUUUUAAAAAAGCUGACAAUCAAGAUAAAUUGGUUGAAUGUUAUAUUAUGCUCAAGGAUUAUGAUUCUUUAACAUCACUUUCUAAGACUUUACCUUCUAAUAACUUGUUAUUAGAAACUAUCUCUAAUUUUUUUUAUAAUAGUGGAAUGGUUGAAGAUAUACCUAUGGAUCUAAAUUUUUCUAAACAUGAAAUACAUGAAAUAAAUAGUAUUGACUUAUGCAAUUUAAAUGAACUUGUAAAAGAUUUAUCAAAUCAAGAUCAAAAAAGUUGGCCUAAUAGUAUUAAAAAUAUUCUAAUCUCGGUUUCAAAACUUAAACAUGAAGAAAGAUAUAUUGAAGCUUCACAGUUAAUAUUUGCUUCAGUUUACUAUGAGUUAAAAAUGAAUAUCCAACCUAAUAUUAUUAGACAAUUGGCAACCAUAGGAGCUUUACUAGUUGAAGAAUACAAAGAAAAAAAUGUUUUGUCAAUUGUAGAAUCAGAAAUCGUGAACAUAGACAGCUUAUUAUUUAAAAACCGAGCUGAAAUAAUUGAAAACAGUUGGCGAAUUGUUGAAUCCUUGCAUUUUUUAAUCCUUGCUCAACAGCAACUGUAUAAUGGAGAGUAUGAAACUGCCAUGUGGACAUCUCUGGCUCUUCGAAACUAUGAAGACUUAUUAAAUAUUGAACAAAUUUAUUCAAUCAUAGCUCUUUCUGCUAUAGGAUCUAGUUGUUACAAUAUUACUUCUAGGGCAAUGAUGAAACUAGAAACUCUUGAUUCUAAAAAUAAUUAUAACUGUUUAUCUUUAAACAUGUUUAGUAAAUAUACUCCUGAAGAUACAAAAUCGCCAUUUUAUCAGUGUUAUAGUUGUUCAAACAAAUGUUCAGCUUGGAGUAUAAAAUGUCCCAAAUGUAAAAUCAAACCAGAGUAUAAUAUCGCUACAGGUCAACCACUGACAGAUGUAAAAUCAGCAUGGUGUUGCAGACAAUGUAAACGCUUUGCUACAUUAAAUGAAAUGGAAUUGUUAAAGCAUUGUCCAUUAUGUAAAAAAGAUAUUCUUGAUUUUUAAAGAACUUGGUAAUAGCCAUCUUACCAUUCAUUUUAUAUUUAACAAACACAUUUCAUUUCAUUAAUAUGGACAGUGUGGUCAAAUUAAUAACACAGUAGAACCUGAUGUGCACUUUCACAAAUUUGAAACUUGUUAAUAUCCAUGUUUGGAUAUUUGCUAAUUAAGUAAUUAGUUAAUUAAUUGAAAGGCUUGCUACAAAAACAAGCUAUGGCCACUUUUGAAAACUUUUCAGAAGAAAAAACUAAUUUUAUUUAAAUUUAACUGUAAAAAUAGUAGAUAAUCAAAAAGUUAUAAUUUUAUAUUUAAAACUAUGUUAUUAUAUUUCUGUUAUAUUUGAAAUUCUAAAACACAAAAAAAAAAUGUAUUUUUAUUAUAUUAUAUAUUAAUAUAUUUAAAUUUACAAUUAAUUUUAGUAAAUAAUUAUUGUAUAUUCAUCAUAUUUUUUUUAACAUCUUUAUGUAGAAUUUUUUAUAUAUUAUUGUGAAGUUUUGUUAUGUAUCUUAUGAGAUAAAUCAUAACAAAAUUAAAAAAACUUUUUACUUUAACUCAACGUAAAAUUAUCUACAUAAAACUUAACUACAGAUCUAAUACCUCAACAGUUUCUGUUAUUUAAUAUUCUAUUGUUAAAUAAAUUUUCAAAAUAAGUAGAUUUAGCAUUUUGUUGCAGCCUUUCAAAAGAAGUUAACAUUCCUCUCUUCGGCGAUGGCUAACUAUCUAUCCUGGAUUUUACAUAGAAGAGACUUAAAUAACUCUUGAUAAACUAUGAAAAUAAUUUUUAAAAAUGUAAUUUAAUUUAUAUUAUUUUAUUUGUAAACAUUUCCGUCCAAUUUAAAAUAUUAUUAUAUACACUGAGAUCAAAUUUAAUAUCAAUUCAAAUAAAUUUCAUCAAUAUACAUUAAACAUUUUUAUAUUCACUA